AUGGUACAGGAACUCCAACAUCAUCGCGCUAUUUCAAACUCCUCCAUGUGUAGAGACGAGAACUCCCGGCCUUCACAUCUCAUUGCCCUUGCUUUGGAGACUUCUCGUGCGCACUCUGCUGACUCCAAGUCGUCAAAUCUGUUUGGUAAGGGCAAGGCUCAAAACCGAAGGCGCAGGCGACCCCGUCUAAUGUCAGAGGAUUUAAGCGAUAAUAUCAAAAGGAAUGACAUCGAACUUCUCUUCCAGCAGUGUCCGAAGGGCUUUCGAUCCUUUUCACGAUGCUCACCACCACUACAAAAAGGCUCCAUUGAUUCGCGAAGCACUUUUCACUAUCGUCAUUUGGCUGAAGGCUCUGUAAAGCUGGCCAUGUCCUGCUGGUCAGCCGGUCGCCCAAAUAUACCCGUAAUUCGAAUACACGAUGCAAAUACCGAGGAUGCCGUUCAUUCUAAUCGCUUAGCUGGCAUUAAACGAAGCAGCAGUCUUAAUUUCAUUGAAUUUGAAACCCAUGAUAAUGGCACCAAAGCAAGGACAUUAUCUGAAGAAAUGAUCUUGAUCCAACCUUCUACUACCUCGGAUGGCGUCUCCUACUCCUUUGCUGAAUUCGAUGAACUUCGAACAUCAGUGUACUCGAUACAUGGAAGUACGAAAAGCAGUAGUGUGUCACCUCUGACUCUGGUCGUUCUGCGUAAUAACGGUUUCCUUCAAAGGUCACUUAUGAACCAAAGAAGAUGCAAGAGUUCAAACGACAUCGAUCGAGACAUGGAGUCCGUAAACCCGGAGAGUCCCAUUCGUCAGGUUUCCUCCGACUUUAAUCUCUCGUCUCUGAACGCAGAGUUGUUGGCGGAGCUUGUUGAGACUGCGAAUAUUUUGGGACAGGCUCUAGAGAUGCAUUUAAAGCAACAAGCUAGCAUUCAAACUGUGUGA